AUGCCUUCAUCAACAGCAACAGCGACAGCGAAUGGCUACACUUUUAAGUCCAACUCGGCAGGACAGAUAAGGACGAGCAAAGUUUCCCCCAAGAUUUUCAAGGAGGCCCAUAAUCAAAUAUACGGCCAGAAACACAACGAUUGGAGAGAUGAUUUCACUAGAGAUGGAUAUGUUGUCAUCAAAGGGGUGAUCCCCACUGAGAGGGCCUUGGGUUACCGUAAAAGGAUGCUUGACUAUUUGAAGACGUUCGAUAACCCCGAACUGGACUACAAAGAUAACUCUACUUGGAUAGCCGAAAACUUGCCGGCCCACAAUCCUCAUAACAUUUUCUUUUACUACUCCUGUAUUCACGAAGACUUUGCAUGGGAAGUCAGAACGGAGCCAGGAGUCCUGGAGUCGUUCGCGAAGCUUUGGAAUACCGAGGAGCUGCUGGUAUCUUUUGAUGGGUUUAAUGUUUCGUUUCCAAAUCGCCCAGAUCAACCCCCGUUUCCAGCUUGGCCACAUAUAGAUCAAUCCCCUUUGAAAGAGGGCUUACAAUGCGCACAAGGAAUCGUUUCUCUCUCCAAGUCCAGUGCAGAAGAUGGCACACUUGUCGUUUUGAAAGGGUCUAACAAUCUGGUUUCGGAAUUUUUCGAAAAAGAGGUCGGACGCGAGAAUUGGUACAAAUAUGAAGAAGAUGCAUACCGUUUCACCCAGGAAGAAUACAAUUAUUUCCUGGAAAAGGGAUGUGAGGUGGUCAAGGUUGAGGUCGAUCCGGGUGACUUGAUCAUUUGGGACUCCAGAACAAUACACUGGGGCCAAGCACCCACGGUUGAUAGUCACAGGAUUAGAGCUGCAGUCUAUGCAUCAUAUACUCCAAGGAACUUUGCUACUGAUGAGACUCUGCAAGUCAAGGCAGAUGUGUUUAAGCACUGGCUGGGCACCACUCAUUGGGCUCAUGACAACAUCAAACCUAGGUUGGUCACUCCUAUACUGCCAGAUGGUAGUAUCGAUCCGAGGGAUCGUUCAGAACCCAAGCAGCCUCCUGAACUGAAUGACACCAUCCUUAAGCUUGCGGGAGUCAUACCGUACUAA